CCUGCAAGCAAACGGGUAGGCUUUAAUGGAUUUUAGUGGUGAGAGUGGUAACCUCAAAAAUAAAAACCUUCCAAUGGAGGAUCGACUGGAUCGUAGUUGCCGCAAGAAAUUGGAUAUCAUCCGCACCCUGACCCUUGGAAAGACGAGUCAGAAAGAUCUUGGUCUCUGUGUUACCUGGCUUGGAAUUCUAUGCCGUGCAGCCAAAAAGGAGGCUCAAGAAAAGGACUGCCUCAUGGAGUUGAUGCUGCGCCAGUUGCAGGAGACUGGCCAGUUAUCGUUGCCUUUUACCGACAUUACCAAUUGCGUUCGUAAUCUUAGCGAACUUCUCACCCCAGAAGGCUUAGGUCAGCCACAGCUACUUCAACCGAUGGUCUCCAGGGAAAAUAACAACGAUAAUACACAACAAUAUCAGUGGAGGGAAAAGCUUCAUCAGCUGGACCAGUUGGAGGUGCUCUACAAGCACGGUGAGUUGAUUGACUCGGCUUCAACGACGAAGUCCGAGGGAGUCCGCUUACCAGCCGGAACUGAAAAGUGUUCCGGGAUGCUCAGGGUGAAAGGAGCGAAUGAGGUUAGAUUCAAGGACAAGACGAUGCCGCCGACGAAACCUAUUAACAAGAGUCAACCCUCAAAGCCUAGAGUGUCGCCUGCUGAAGGAACUUCCGCUCGCCAGCGACAGGAUCGCGAACUUAGAAUGCUGGAAAUCAACCUCCGAAAGGAAAAGGAGCGACUGGACCGGGAGUUUCGGGCCAAGCAACGUGAACAAGAACGUGCCCAGUUGGCCGAGCAGAUCCGGCUGGAUCGAGAGCAGCUGUUGACAGGACAACAGGUGUGGCAACAGGAGCGACGUAGGUUGCAAGAAAAGGUCCAGGCUCGGAUUGAACACGAGCGGUACAUGAUAAGGAAGAAGCGGGAGGAGCAGCGCGAGCAGGACGAACGUACCAGAGAACGACGCCAGCGGGAUCAGGUGGAAUGGAAGCAAAUGCAUCGGAAACGCCGUGAAAUGGAAAGAAUAGAUCGCCAGGAGCGGGCCAGGCUCCUAAAUCCCAAAGAGGAAUUUGUGACGAUCAUGACACCUAAAAAGCGAAUGGAAAGCGGGGAACUACAGAGUGCUGAAAAAGUUAUAUCCUGGAUGGUGUUGUGUCCAUCGUGUAGAGAGAACGUAGUCCACAUUCCAAGCCAGUCCAAACUCCAUACCCCGGAGCAACAUCCUCAAACACUGGAAGAAGCUUCUUCUAAAAGUAUCUCACAAGGAUCUAAUGUAAACAUCAAAGAAACUCGUCAAACUAAACAAGCAGAACAUCUUAAAGAGCAACCAGACCCUGAUAGAAAGAAGAAAAGCAGGGAAAGUCUGCGGGAUAAUAGACUCGAGUGCGACCAAGGCACUUCUACUGUUAAGAACAUAAAAAGGAUUCGACAACUCCAAAAGGAGCAAAUGAUAGAGGUGGUAAAGCUCAUCCGGCAAUCUAGAGACGAUCAGGUCCAAAAGAGAGUUCUGCAACAAGAAUUGGAACUUAAACGCAGUGCGGAACAAGCUAAUCCAACAGCCCGUGACUCGAAGCUCUUACAAAUGGAUCAAGUGGCAGAACUUGAAAAUAUUCAAGGAUUUCUGGAAGAACAGGACUUACAAAAAAGCGAUGAACAAUCCAAGAAGAAAGAAGAAUUGGAGCUUGCUCUAAAAAAAGCAGAACUAAUGGAACAACAAUUAUUGCAGAAACUUGAGCAAGAAAGGAAAGAAAAAGAGGAACUUGAAAAGAAAGUAGCUGAACGCCUGGAAAAUUUAAGGGAAAGCCUAAGAUCAAAAGAGAAUAAGGUAAUAAAGGAGAAAAAUGGUGAAAUAGAAGAAUGUGUAGAGGAAAAUAUUGAGAAAAGUCAAGUUCUUUUAAUAAAUUCUUUAAAUACAAAAGAACAAGAAAGUCCUUCUUUCUCAAAAGAACCAGAAAAAUCUCUGGAGAAGAUCAUUGAAGAAAAGAAAGCUGAAAAGGGAAAUCAAGACGUCCUGGAAAAUAAUAAAGAAAUUGAUGAAAAGAAGCAACAGGAAUUUCCAUCACGACCAUCACCAAAAGAAAAAGAUCAUAAUAAAGAAGGUGGAGAAAGAGAUAGUAAGAAGAAAGUAAAAAAUCAAGAGAACCAGGGAGAUAAUACAAUGGUUGAUGAAAAUAAUAUUCAAAAGAGUCCUAUUUCCAUCAUUGAACGAGAAAGACAUAGUGGAGUUAUUAAGGAAAGAGGAAGUAAAAAGAAAAACCUAGAGACGCAGGGCGAAAAUACUAAUAUUGAAGAAAAAAACAAGCAAAAAAGCCCCGACAUAAAAAGACAGACAGAGAAGCCUUUUGGAGACCGAAAAAGUCAAAAGGAAAAUCAAGAGGUCCUGGACGAUGAUGAAAAGAAACAACAGGAAAUUAUCCCUCAAGGAUCUUCCAUACCGCUCUCUUUACUCGUGGAAAUAGGAAGAAAAUGGGAAGAAAUGGAAAGAAAAAAUGAAGAGAAGAGAGAAAGGGAGAAGAAUAAGGAAAAAGAACCUAAAAGAAGUAUUGAAGAAAAAUCACCUUGGGAAAUCGAAGAAGAAGAAGACAAAAUCGAAAAGGAGUUACGACGUAAAGUAGUAAGGCGUACGGAAGCUGUUGAAGAAAGGAAGCGGGUGACAUUGGAGAAAGAAGAAAUGGAAACAUCAGUGAAAAAACAUCAACAAGAAAAAGAAAGUCUUCUAAGUAUGGGAAGAAGAAGCGUGGAGGAGGCUAGCCGACAGGAAGUCAUAGUACAAAUGGAGAGAAAGGCGCAAAUUGAAAGAAGAGUCAAUGAAGACCUUGAAAAAAAGGCAAUGCAGGAGCUUUUUGAAGCUGAGCAAGAAUUUAGAAAACAGGAGCAAAUGCAAGUUGAACAUUUGCAAAAAAUGAGAGAGCAGAGUCAGAAAGGAAAAGAAGAAAUGCAGCGGCUCUUCCAGCAUUAUACGAGUUUUUGGAAGAAUCGAAGUAACGACAGAAUGAAGGAGUUGGAAUCAGAAAUAGUACAAAGAAAACCGGAAGAGGUAUGGUGCCAAGAGGAGCCAGCAAGCAGUCCGGAAAUGAAACCAGAAAGACGUAGUUACAGUUCUAAGGACAUGGAAAGAAAUAGGCGUGUGACUCAAGGAUUAAAAAAACCGGUUAAACUACAAUUAAGACAAAUGCUUAGAAAUAAUGACUAUAGGGCAGUCCGGGGCGAAGACGUAGAUAGAAAUGAAAACAAGCUAAGAAACGGGCAAGAAUCUCCAACUUUACAACAGUCUACUUCGAGAUCGGAGGGAAGCGAAAUGAAAAUUGGACACAGAUCAGAACCUGAAAAAGAAAUACCUCCUGGCGAUGUGGCCCCAAAACCUAAAAAUAUUAAACAAUUUAUUCAGCAACGGAGACACGAAGUGGAGGUCUCAUUUAAUAAACCUUUUGCGGGUCGAUUUGAAGGAGGUAGCCAAUUUCCUUGUUACUUGCGACAUCACAGUCCUAUCCGUGAACUAAACAGGCAGAGGACAGAGGAAAACUGGCUCAAAGUCGACAAGGAAAGAAAACAGCGUGUCCGUAGUAUAGAAAGAUUGGACCAAAAACUAGAUUCGGAGCGGCGCAGCUUGGAGGGAGAUGAUUUUGGCUGGACCCAGCUUACAGAUAGGUCCCAGGAACCUAGAGAUCGGCCGGAAUUACAGAGAUCUCAACCUCAAAACUUCCAACCAGGACCUUUAGAAGACCAUAAUCGAUGUUUUGGCGUAAAGGAGACAAUCAGAUGUUACGAACCUAGAGUUCGACAGUCUCUUCAAAGAUCUGUACAUCAAAAUUACCAAAAAAGACCCUUAAGGGACCACAAUCAAUUAUUUGACGAAGAGCCGACCCCCAUAGAAGAAUCUGUCAAAGAAAUUAUAUCAUCUUCAAGCAGUGGACAUACACCUGAAAUUCGCCUUUCCCUGGUAGGUAGAUUUUGUCCAGAAAGAAGAACCUAUAUAGUGGGGACCAAUGAGAAACAAUCUCAAAGAAAUCGAAAUCAAGGAGGGCAAGAAUCGAUAGGAACUGAUCUUUGGAAUUUAAUGAAAAAUUCUCGACCACACAUUCCAAAGCCAAGACAGGACAGAUGUCAGCCAUAUGAAGGUAGAAGAAGCCCUUCCAACACCGACGUUACACACCCAGGACGUUCAUUACUUCGGUCUUCAACGAAAGUCUGCAAUACCAAAUGCAAGAAUUUUCACAUGGCAUUUUUGGAGAGUGCCAAACGCAUUAUAGCAGUUCUUCGCGCUUCAAACGCUAAUCCCAGUAGCUCUGAAUCCUCCGAGGAGUGUGCCAGACAUCUCGGCCAGAAGUUGCCCGAGCCGAUCUUUCGCAAUCUGGCCGAACCUCUUUUGGAAAGUAGCCAGGAUUUGGCCCAAAAUCUUGUGGCGAUAGUCUCUACUUUGGAUGAGCAACUAGAGAGGCAUGUGGGUCAUCUUCGGAACGAGUGGAAUUGUUUCCUGGAUCAGCGCCGAACGGUUAAGAAGCUGCAAAAUCAACUUCACCAAGCGGAGCGUGAUCAAAUGGUUGCCUCAUCCCGGUCAUCAGUAUUUAAUGUUUUAAUCCAAUGGUGGAACUUAAACAGGACCUCCGUGAACUUGUUGAAGGAUCUAUUUUCCGAAUACUGUGACUUAGGCGAUCCUUUGGUAAAGGAAACUCUGGAUACGAUUGAAUGGUUUUAUGGUGAAUGGAGUUUGCAGAAGUUGGUGUUUGAGCACCUUUGAG